UGGACAGUUGGGUCCAGCCAGUCAGUGGUUACGGGCCGACAUGUUGGAGAUAUUUCAGUGAUCGUGCGCGGUGGGUCUAAUGCGUGAUUUUUCAUGCGUUUUUUGUGCGUGUUCGAUAUAUAAAAGGUGUUUUUGGAUUGCGACGCUACAUGUGAAGUGUCGAGUGAGAUAAGCCUGGUUGUGCCUGGUUUGUCCGGCCCAGCAAACAUGAGCUGGGGUACAGAGCUCUGGGACCAGUACGAGAAUCUAUCCCUCCACACACAAAAAGGGAUAGAGUUCCUCGAAAGGUAUGGCCAUUUCAUUCGCGACCGAUGCGCCAUCGAGGUGGAAUAUGCCGCUAAACUCAGACGUCUCGUGAAGAGCUAUCAACCUAAGAAGAAGGAGGAGGAGGAUUAUCAAUACAGUCCAUGUCGAGCAUUCAAGAUGGAGCUGAACGAGGUAAACGACCAGGCGGGACAAAGGGAAGUGAUCGCAGAAAAUCUGCAAGCAAAUGUGUUAAGGGAAUUGAAUAUUCUUGUGAAAGAUUUUAAGGAAGACCGUAAGAAACAGCUUCAAGAGGGUGCCAGAUUAAUGGCAAACCUGACCGGUCAGAUUGGGAAUCUGGAGCGCGCUAGGAAGGCGUAUGAAAAGGCUUUUCGUGAGGCGGAGAGGGCAGUCGAAAAUUAUCAGAGGGCAGAUGCUGAUUUGAAUCUUUCGAGAGCGGAAGUCGAGAAGCAGAGGAUGAACAUGACUUUGAAAACUCAGCAGAGUGAAGAGGCCAAGACCGAAUAUGCGAAUCAGUUACAAAGAACAAACGACAUGCAGACGCAACAUUAUCAUACUGCCAUGCCGAAAGUGUUCCAACACUUGCAGGAGCUUGAUGAAAAGAGAAUAAAAAAUAUGCGAAACUACAUGCUAAAGUCGGUAGAAAUAGAACGAGCAGUGGCGCCAAUAAUUGCUCAGUGUUUAGACGGUAUUGAAAAAGCGGCAAACGAGAUCAAUGAGAAGAAAGACACAUUAUUGGUAAUCGAACGUUACAAAAGCGGCUUCCAGCCUCCAGGAGAUUUUCCAUUUGAAGACCUUUCCGUGGCUAAAACCUAUGACAGCAAUAGUCAGCUGUCACAGCCGAUGAUGCAGCCAAUACACAAUCAUCACCUGACAGCAAAGGGUACCGUUUCCGGAAGCAAAAUUAAGAAGAGGGUCGGUUUAUUCGGCAUAUUUAGUAGCAAUAAGAAGUUGAUCGAGGUGGGCAUAGCUUUGAAGAAUAAUGUGCCUGGAUAUGGCGAUGGUGCAAAGGAGGACUGCAGUGACCUACCUCCGAAUCAACGCAAGAAGAGAUUACAACAAAGGCUGGAUGAAAUUCAAGCAAAGAUUCAGCAAGAAACCGCAGCAAGAGAUGGUUUGAUGAAAAUGAAGGGCGUAUACGAGCAAAAUCCUGCAUUAGGUGAUCCAAUGAGCAUAGAAGGACAAUUGAAUCAAUCGAGCAACAAGCUAGAUAAACUCGGUGCAGACUUGGCAAAGUUCCAAGGUUAUCUCGAUGAAGCAAUGCGUGCCGGCAUCAGCUUAUCCAGUCCCAGUCAAGCACCACGGAAACCGACUAGCAAUGGUUCCGCAACAAGACCGCUGAGUUCAAGAAGAUCCAGUCAUUCGGGAGGAGAGGAAAGUCUUUCAAGAUCAGCAUCCGAUUCGAGCGUAAGCAAUGCGAAUGCUAACCAACCGAUACAUAAGAAAAGUGCUCCGGGCACACCGCAGCCAACACACGGUUCCACGAAUAGCCCGGAAUCUGGUCUUGGGGAAUCGAGGACAUCUCUUCCUGGUAGUGGUGGCGAAGAAUAUUAUGUUGAUGAAAUUGAUGCUCAACCACCAUUGGGAACGUGUAGGGCUCUUUAUCCUUUCGAUGCAACUAGCGAAGGUUCCAUACCGAUGUAUGAUGGAGAAGAGUUGUACAUGAUUGAAUUAGAUCAAGGGGAUGGUUGGACGCGUGUGCGUCGUAUUUCACAACCAAUUGAGGGUUUUGUACCUACAUCUUACAUAGAGUGUCACCUCUAUAAUACUUAGCCACUUCUUUUAGGAUGUUAAACAAUUGUGAAGUGGGGAAGUUUCAAGGUUUUUCAUGCUAUUAGUUCAAUACGGUACAUUGAACUAUUAAAAAUAGCAAUUAACGAGAUUCUUAUUAAUUGAGGGUUCUGUGUUGGUUGAAUGGCACAGGAUUUCAGAAUAUAGUCUGGUCAAAUUAUAGGCCUAAAUAUUAGGGAUGUUGUAUUAACGAAAAUUAACAUGUGCCAAUAUUUUGAUUUUUUGGAGAAUCUCAUGAUUUAUCAAAGGUUCGGUCAAUUAUACCCAACACACUUCCCUCUAGCUUCUAUCAGCUUAUCGAACAAGGAAGAACAAAGAGAAAAUAAAUUUCAUUUUUAAGAUCUAGCUUCUUUUAUACAAAAGUGAUCAACAAGUUGAACUCACUAAAUAUUAAAUAGAAUAUUAAGAUCGUACAAUUAUUUAGAAUGAUGUUACGCCCUACCACGUUAAAGAGGUUUCGUCAUACACGUUUAAUGUUUAUGAAGUACGAUACAUUUUUCUAAGAAAAAUGAUAAAAGCACCCUGAUCACUUGGAUAACUCUAAAAACGUGUCUUUGUAAUUUAGAUGUGCACAAGUGAACAAUUUGCAACUUUAUUAAUGAAAGUAAAUACCUGUCGUAUAAUAUACAGACACACACGCGCGUGCGUAUGUACGCGCAUAUAUACACAAACAUACACGCGUAUAUAUAUAUAUAUAACAUGUGCUCCGCCUACACGUCACGGAUAAAAAUUGCGAUUGUUGUAACUGCACGAGUUUUUAUGUACUUUUUAUUAACUCGAUUGUAAAGCAGGCAACUCACAAACGGAUUCUCACUAUCUCUGCCGAAGUUCAAGAAACUGAUCAAUUCUAGUGCUUUUAAAUUUAAUUUUUAUUCAAACCGUAUAUGUAUAUGUUCCGUAUAUGUAUGACGAAAAUGCAUUAUUUGUUUUAAUAUAUCGAUAUCUGUUUCUUACUUUUGCCGAUGAUAGAAAGGUGACGUCGCUUCUUUACAAUUACUUCUGAGUUGUUUUUGUCUUUUAUUGUUGUGUAAGUUUAUUAAGUGACGUCCUUCGUUUCUCUCUUUUUUUUUUUUGUUUAAUGUAACAGGAAGGUGAUUAGGUGGUGCUCUGUACAGCAAGUAGAUUCCGAAAAUUGGUCGGCUAAGUUUUGUUUACGAUAAUGCCUGGAUGUGAAUUUAGUUAGGAUAUAUUUGUGUACAUAUUGCAAGGGACAUGGGAGGAAGAACGAAGUGAAUGGUACGUGUGUGAGUGCCAGAUUCGAUGUGUAUUAUGUGAAGCGAUGAAUUUGUUUCCAUUGCAAGUAUAAGUACGAAAUGGUGGCGUUAAUAUUUUUUUUUUUUUUUUUUUUUAAAGAAAAUACGUCCCUAUUUCGGCAUCUUUGAAAGGAACUUUCAGCUUCGCAGUUACAAAGCGUAGAUUCGUCCUAGAUUCGAUUGCGACGUAUCGAAAUCGUAUAGUCGUAUAUAUGCCCGCGUAUUAAAAAUAUGUACAUGUAUAUAUAUACAUAUAUAUAUAAAAACUAUAAUCACUUAUUAAAAUAUAGCUUCGGUAUGUAAGGUACACAAGUACACAAAAUUAAACAAAGAUCAAUAGCCUUUUCCUCUGCCGCAAUUGCUGCCAAUACGUUCGCUGUAAUUUCUUUGCUCCCUGACAUACAAUUUUACUCUAAAUCUCGCUGCAUUUCUCGAGCAGUCGAUAAUAAACCUGCGGAACGUAUAUUUGCGAGAGUUUUGUUUGUCGGGGAGUGAGCUUUGGGAAGUUUCAGAUUUUGCGAGAGUCGAUAGCAUUUUCGCGUGCGGUCAUCGAUAUCGAUGGAAAGUUUAUUGCAAUACUUUUUGCUCGACUAUCGACGUAGAUAGGCUAUAUCACUUUAUGAAAGUGAAAAGAGAAAAUCAUUAGAUAACGAUAGAAGGAAGAAAGAAGAAUGAGAUCCGUAUGUCUACCUUAAUUCUUAAUAUUCAACUGCGUCCAUUCUAUGUAUAUUUUGUGAUUUUAUAUCCAUGAACAAGUAUUGUAGAUAAUUAAC